CAAUAUUUCAGGACAAAUAGCUAGAUCCGGAAGCCGAACAUAUCCUGGGUUUCUUUGGCACCUUUCUCCACACCAGCACCUUCAGCCACGGCUAGCUCUCUCGUACAGCCUGCAGGAUGCUCUCCACCGACACGAACCAAUGUGGCCUCACAGGUACCAUGCCGGCAAGCACCAAGCCGCAUCUCUACAUCUUUGGUGGACACAGUGGAAAGGGAAUGUGCAUGGCCGCCGAGAUCGCAGGAAGCGACAGGACCUGUGCUAUCACCACGAUCUCCAAGCGGGGAAGGCCCUUGGCACCCGGACCGGCGACGGCCUUUGCUCAGGCGAUGGCCAAUCACACCGUGCAUUACAUGGCUGCCUGUGACGAGAAGGACGUCAAGGCAGUGGAAUGCCUUAUGGAGUGGACCGCGCCCUCCAUGCAGCCUUUGCCUGAAGCUCGCUUCAAUGUCACAGAGGUCAUGGAUGAAGUGAAGAAGGAGAUCGCCGAAAUGAACCAAGUGCAGCUCGAAAGGGCCUUGGCCACCGUCCAGGGGCUCAAGAAUGCGGUGCAGAAGAACCAGAGGCAGAUCAAGGUCCGCUUGGACUAUAAGGACUGCAGCGAGCAGGAGAAGAAGCGCCUUCAGGACAUGCGGCUGGAUUUGCAAGAGAAAGAGGCGUGCUUUCUAGAGCUGUUGGCUGACCUACAGCAGAAGGUGGGUGAGGAGGCUCCUCCGGCUCCUGCAGAGCAGGCUGUUUGCCAUGUGGACACCUUACUGAAGCAGAUGGAGAAGGAACUGGCUUUGCAGAAGAGCAUGUGAGGACCGUGACACGAGCUCUGAGCUGCAAAACAUCACGUGGGGCGGUCUUCCGAGCGGAAA